GGUGCUGCAUUGAGGGAGAAGAGAUGAUGUUGGUGUAUGAGGUCAUGCCAAAGAAAAGCCUAGACGGCUAUCGCUUUGAAAAAUCUGAUGUCUUCAGCAUUGGAGUCAUACUGUUAAAGAUUGUGAGUGGGAGGAAAAACUCAAGCUUUUAUAACAACGACAAGAAUUUGAAUCUUUUUGAUUAUGCUUUGAAACUAUGGAAUGAUGGGCAGGCUAUCGCUCUUGUAGACCCUCGAAUCUACGAUGAGGCUUUUGAAAAUGAAAUACGAAGAUGUGUGCACAUUGGUUUAUUAUGCGUCCAAGAUCACUCAGACGAUAGGCCAUGCAUUUCAACUGUGAUCUCAAUGCUCGGUAAUGAGAAUGUAGACCUCCCGGAGCUAAAGCAGCCGCUGUUUAUAGCAAUACAAAAUGCUUCAGAUGGUGUAUCAUUGUUGCAAAUAGCAUCCAUCAACUGUGUGAGUCUCACAUCAGUCUCAGAACGA